ACUUGUGGCAACUGUAGUCGGGCUAGGAAGACGGGAAGGCUGGAGACACCAGACAGUUGCACAGGAUUUAUCGACGUGCUUGUGUGUACAGAAUCAAGACAUUGUUGGAAGGUUCGGAAACGCCUAGUCAACCAACACAGCAGAUAAAACACAUUAAGGAGAGGAAGAGAUAACUACAACGUUCAUUAGUCGCAGUAAAAAUAUCCACUUCACCUGGGACGCCCGUCUUCCCCUGUUCAGAAUGACAACAUCAGCUGCAGGAAACUGUUGCCCCGAGUGAGGAAGCCCAACCUGCACUCGGACUGUGGACAGGUUUUAUGCGCUUGGAGACCCCUCGGACCCCAUAGCACGCAUGGUUCUACUGUACCACAGAGCCUCGGGAGGGUUUCGGGACGCCAUGAGCUGUGACGUGUGCACAGAGCUGUAUGAACAAAGCAUCAGAACACCACUAGUGCUGCCGUGUGGCCACACUUUCUGCCGGCCUUGCCUAACUGACAUAAAAAAGAAAGGCAGCUUCCAUUGUCCCACCUGCAGGCGGGACACAACAACUUGCAGGUGGUGGCGCUCACUGUCAACUAUUCACUGCUCAAUAUUUUGGCUCUUUGCAACCAGUUUGAGUAUGACAAGUGUGCCACUCAUGGAGACGACCUCCGGUACUGGUGUGCCAACUGUGACCAAUCGCUGUGCUGCAUCUGCCUCUACUCGGGUCACCCUCAGGGCCACACUGUCAAACUGGCACAGACUUUUGUAACGGAAAAAAAACAAAAACUUGAAGAAAGAAUUAAUGCCGUCUUCAAAAACAUAAAUGAACAUAAAAAUGAACUAAAAAAAGGGUUCAAUGAUGUAGAUGCACUGGUGAUGCAGCUUUUCCGCAAGAAUAUCCACUUUCACAACACAGAAAUGGCUGUUAAAGACCUGCUUGAUGAUAUUAAGAAGGCAAACGGCAUUGCCUCGGUGCUGUCUUAUGAGAAGUUAGUGGGAGAGUUUCAGUCUAAGAAAAAUUUGGCGGAUCCUGGCGAGGAGAAAGCACGAGAGAAAGCUGACCCUUCAGUAGAUACUCGAGAUAAGGUGAAGAACUUGCCAGCUAAAGACAAGGAUGCACUGCUAGUUACAACUAAGGAUCUGAAAGAAGCCGCAUCUGAGUCAACUGAGGCAGCAAAUACAGCAGCAGGAACAGAUCCAAAUUGGCGUGCAAUGAUGGACUAUUGUGACGGACGCCUACUGCUCCACACCCUGGCGAAUCCCACCACCACAAGAAUGUCCAUGCAGAUGCCACACGAAGUGUUCCUGGAGUUGGGUGUGGGUGACAAGUGCCUGGGUCGGAUCUACAUCAGACUGUGGUGCCAUCUAUGUCGAGCACAGCAGCUCCUGGCACUGUGUAUGGGUACUAUGGGUCCAUCUCUACUGAAAGCUAAGGCCUCAGACAAAAUGGGUAAUUUGAUCGUGUUUCGGUCUGCUGUGGAUAGAGACAACAAGUCGGUCUCGCAUGCUCUACUGACGGGGUUAGAGUGGGGAGGCCAGCACUCCAAGCCAGAGACUGAGGGUCUUGUUACAGGGAUAGUUUCAAAUAACUUGGCGUUUGGCAUCUGCAUCCAAAGACAAACGGGUACGUCCGUGAAUGCUGCAUUUGGUGUGGUGGUUGCGGGCCAUGAAGUGACAAAAGCAGCCUUCCAGCACAACCCAGUCAGUGAGGUCACCAUCACUUCCUGUGGUCUCGUGAUGCCCGGCUUCUCUCAGGAAGGCUGAUUCUACCUUUAGCUGAGUCUUGGAGAGUCUUAUCUGUGACGCAUGGAGAGGGAAAAAAAUCAAUGGUGUGAAUGAGAGAUACUAAAGAAAAAAAAAGAAAAAAGGUGAGUAAAUAAGUAAAACGAAGGAUGAAAAAAAAAGACGGACAAGGCAAUAAACAAAAGCAAAAGCAGUCACAACACAAAAAGGAAAGGAAGAAAAAUUGCAGAGGAAAAAAGGGAGAAGACCUGGAUUACGAAGGAAGUAAGAAAAAGUAAGUUAAAGUACUGGGAGAUGGGAGGAAAAGAGCCGGAAAGCUUGGAAGGGAGGAACCAGCAGGGGAGAAAGUGAUAUGCAAAGGAAGAGAGCGAAAGGAAAUGAAAGGUAGGAGGGAGACAGUAAAAGGGUUUGUGUUGUAAUAUGUUGAAUGCUACCAGAGAGGGAGAGAGAAAAUCGUCACGCCUCAUUUUUGGUGAAGAUAAUUUAUGUAGAAUGAUGUGUGAUUUCAUACCAAUGGAUAUUGGAAAGAGCAUCAAUAACUAAAAUUUUACUUCAUUAUUUGUUGUUGCCAUGCAAUAUACGAAAAAAAAGUAAUCUUUUUGCCAUAAUUUCUCCCGGAAACGGCUGCUGUAUUUCUUUCAAUAUUGUAGCUAUUUCGCAUUAACACCGUUAUCAAUAAGUCUACAUGACAUAAUUAGGAAACUAUAAUGUGGUUUGCAUAAGUCAAACUAUCAGUUCUUUCUUAGUUUUUCCUCUAGUAAUGAAAAAGAAAGCUGCAAUUUCCAAUUGGUUAAAACAGGAGAGGCUAAUGUUUUGGGUACAAGUUGCGAUCGUAAGCUCCGCCCACCACCUCGUAAGCUCCACCCACUGGCUUCACUUUAUUUAGUUUACAUUGGGAUAGGUGCUUGCCGCCUUUCUCCAAUCUCCUUGGUAAGUUCGAAUCCCACCACGUGCCGCCUUGAAACUUUGUCAGUUGUCGAGUGGUUUAAAGUUACCAACAUGUCACCAUGCUACCCAGGUUCUAGGUGGAGGUGUAAUUGCCUUACACCAAAGAUGCACUUGGGUGGUGAUAUGGGCCUUAAUAUGGGUACCACUGUAAAUGAAAUUGCCUGCGCCACCAAUGGGUGGAAGCUGAACAGCGAGCGCUUCCCAUACCCUUCAAGUGAACCUACAGGCGCUAUAGGUUAUAACAUUAUAAUAUAUAUAUAUAUAUAUAUAUAUAUAUAUAUAUAUAUAUAUAUAUAUAUAUAUAUAUAUGUAUGUAUGUAUGUAUGUAUGUAUGUAUGUCUCGCCUAUCAACAGACACUAAACUCAAAGUCAUCCUUUACUACAAGACCAGAAAAACCGCAAGCCUCAUCAUGAAGAAUAGCUGUCUUCCCCCGACACACUCCCUGCAAGAAGUGAACGUUGUGUACCAAUACGCAUGCGCUGUUGGUGACUGCAGUCACCUAAAUUCGCUUCUGUACCUCGAGGUACUAUUUCUGUAACAGGAGGUGGUGGUGAUGUGGAAAGAUAAGCGAAAGGAUGAAUGAUGUGAAAGUGUUCCUGGGAAAAAAAAAAAAAGAAAUGUGAUAUGCUAAGUGUAAGAACUAGUGAAUAGUGAUUUCAAAGAUGCUGUUAGGUUUUUUGUUUGCUUUUCCUUUCUCCCUGUAACUGGUAUAAGAGUAAUCAGCAACAUCACGAUCAAAAUAAAGACUUAGCAAAAAGAUCAAGAUUAGGCAAUAGGGUGUGGAAAAGACUGGAGUUAGGUGUACCUAGUAGUGAAAAUUAGUAAGUUAAUGAUAGUGAAUAGAUCUGAGGAUGAAAGCAAUGCAGUAUGGAGAAUUGGAGAAAAUAUAAGUACUUAGGGAUGUGCAUAAGUCAAAUGGGUGUGAAAAGGCAAAGAUGGAAAAGAUAGGCUUAAUUAGAGAAUCAGUGGGUAGGACGAUUGGGGAGUACAGCUACUCGUAGAAUGAGAGCAAGUAAAUAAGAUGCGUUGAGAGAGGUAUGGAAGAGUGCGGCUGUGUAAAAGCUACACUUUAUACGUACAAGGUUAAGUUGGAGAAAAUGUAGGAUGAAAGAAUAGCGAGAUAGGUGUAUUUGUGGAAUGAAAGUGGGAGUAAUUGGAGUAAGAGGUGGAUGAGAGUGAGAGUUACAAAUUAUGUGGGAUGAGAAUGGCUGGGAGGAGUCAAAACGAGCGUGAAUGGAUCGUGACAAGAGGAGGAAGAGUAAGAACUGAAUGGGAUGCGAGGAAAUGUAAGAAAGAGUAAGAUAAACAGGAUUGAAGUGGGGUGGGACUGAAUAUAUGGAAGAAUGAGAUGGAACGAAAGAGUAGUCUAGAAUGGUUCAAGGAAAAGGAAGCCCCAAUGUACGAAAGGUGAUAUGAUGGUAGUCUGGGUCAAGUUGCCAGAUGGCCGUUUUUCGGCUAAAUUUGUGAAAUUUGUCAAAUUGGCGGUGAACGGCGUUGUUUGGCCGUAGAGAUCGGGAAUUUCUACGGCCAUGUCAAGAAGAAACUGAUGAUGUACUCGCAUACUUUACUUACUAAAAACUUCAGUACUACAUUUGCUAAGUCAUUAAUUACGAUUUAUUUCCUUAUUCAAAUGUCUUUUGGUGCUAUAGGUAGCAUAAAACCAAGAUGUAUUAGACUAAGAGGUGAACGCACUUCGGCAUUAUUGGAACCGCUGACCCAUGUGUAUUGUUUACGUCUAGUGUUGUGGUGGUGUGUUUACGUGUGGCAGAUUUUAUCAGCAAUUGUGUACUUUUCAUGGGCUUUGUAUUACGGUAUUAAUAGUUAAAUGGGUAAAGCAAGAGUG